AUGAAAUUAAAUAUUUCAGGAACAUCUAUUAACACUAAAUCCUCCCUCAACACCAAAAAAGAGCAGGAUAUUAGGAAUCUGAAAUAGAAUGACGACCAUCUAUUUUUUGAUCUAACAGAAUUUUAAACAUCUGAUUCAAACACACCAUUAAGUAUUUAACUGAAAGACACUACCUUAACCAAUCAAUAACAAACUAAACAUUUCUUCCCCUCCAAACCUAUUUUAUCAGAAAACAAACUACCUCCCUUGAAUUCCAGGUACCAUUUAGUGUAAGAAAUCUCAAGAGAACAGAUUAUAAAAAAGAAACUCUUUAAAGAAAACUACUCAGUCAUAUCAUUCCCCUCCACAUAAUCCUUGUAAAAAAGUCAAUCAAUUGAUUAUUAGAAACUAGGAUAAGAAAUAGUCAACGCUCCAAAUUCUCAAGAUUAUUACAGAUUUUAUAAGCAUUCAAAAAAGUGUAUGGACAUACAAUCAUUCAACGAAACUCCAAACAACAUUUAUGUAAAUUUGAAUAAAGCUAUGGAAUAACAAUAAUGUAUGCCAAGAAAAAUGCAAAUUAUAGACAACCACAAUAAAAAAGAUAUAAGUGUAGCUGGUCAAUUGAGUAGUCCUUAAUACAUCAAGAUGUUUGCUGCAGGACUAGGAUCAUCAACAUUCAAUCAAUUAGAGAGACUGAGUUUGAAUUCAAACAAUCUUAAUAAUGAUGAUUUGGAAACUAUCUUGGAUCAAUUACCAAAGUCCGUUUAAAGUUUGGAUUUAAAAAAUAAUAAAAUUUCUAAAAAUGGAUGCUUAUUCUUAUAGAAGUUGCUAAUUAGACAACACUAAUUUGUCAUUGAGCUUAACUUGGAAAACAAUCAAAUUGGAGACUAAGGCCUAAAGCACUUGAUUGAUUCAUUGUAAAAUAACAAAUGUCUGAGAAUCCUUAAUUUAUCUCAUAAUUAAAUUUAAGAUCAAGUUAUGGAGCCAUUUGGGAAAAUGAUGAAAAAAAAUAAUAUCAUUUAGGAAUUAUAUUUGCAUUAUAAUAAAAUAACAUUUAAAGGAGGCAUAUUCUUAUUCAAAGGAUUAAGCAAAAAUGCUGUGUUGAAAGUCUUGGAUAUUUCAUUUAAUAAGUUAGGAGGCAAUAAGGAUUGCACUAAUGAAAUAUGUAAUUUGAUUGCCAGACCACAUCCUGAAUUGAUCCAUUUGGAUUUAUCACACAAUGAUUUCAAAGAUAAUGAUUCUUAAAAAAUAGCAAAUGAAUUAGAGUUCAAUAAAAUAAUUUAUGGAUUUCAUUUUGAAGGCAAUUCGAAUUAUCAAAUAAAUCAUAAAGGAUAUCUCAAAGAAUAAAAAAAUAAAAAAAUAGUGACUGAAUCACAAUAAGAUGAUAUCAAUAUAGAAGAAUAAGAUAAAAAACAGCUUGAAAUACAAAUGUAAUAGAUAGAAUAACAAACUCAAAAGAAAAAGAAUGAAUUCAUUCGAAUAUAGAGUGUAGAUAUAGUCAAUUUAUAGUUGGAGAAUUGCUGGAUUUGUUAAGGAUGGAUUGAAGUGCUUUUUCAAUGGAAACCACAUAAAUCAGGACUCUUAGAACAAGAUCCAAUAUUCAUCCAUCUUGAAUUUGAAGAUUAUUAACCAUCACUUAUGUAAAAAACCUCUGAUGGCAACUUUAAUCUUUACAGAAUGUGUCCACCCAAUCAAACAAUCAGAUAUUUUUUCAGCAAUCCAGUACAAAAUGUCUAAGUUUAUGCUAAAGAUCAAAAGACUAUUUAAACGUAGACUCAUUCUCAAUUGAGAAAUUUUGGAGUAUAAAUGGAAUAUUCUAAUGGCAAAGUAUUAUAAAGCUAACCUUUACAUACUGUCAAUAUGAUUCAAACAUAAUAGUCAGCUCCAAUUUUUGAUAAAAAGAAACAUUAUUUAGCCAAUAUUCAAUGUAAGCCAAGAGAAUAAGAGAAAAUCGUUGAAUUUGAUGUAGAAUUGGCUAAAAAGAGAAAAUGGACUUUAGAUAACUCAAUUUUCAAGGAUUUCGAUGAAGAUACAGAAGUGCAUUUAGAAUAAUGCUUGGAAGCAGAUUUAGAAAACAGUAAAAUAAUUAGACAUCUAAUCAACCAUAAUGAAAUUAUCCCUUUGAAAGAAUAAUUAAAGAAGUAUUAUAAAUACAUCAUUUCAUGUUAUAAAUAUUUAGCCUCCUAGCAAUGCGAAACUGAUUUUCCAAGAUUAAAUAUCUAAACAAUCUAAGGUUUUUAUUAUUAAUCUAAAAAUAAUCAACUCAUUAAAUAAGUAGACUGGGAAAUCUGUUUAAUUAGUACUAUAGUUAUCAAAGACUUUAAAUCUUAAUUUAUUUAAGAAAGAGCAUUAGUUAGACAUCAAUUUUUAGAGAAAACCUAUGUGAAAUAAGGAAAUUGUUCAAGCAUAGCUUAAGGAUUUGAGAAGAUGAUGCAAGCCUAAACAGGAUAAUUUGGGUUUAUUUUGGAUUAUGGAUGUGCUCAAUAAUGGAGAGAUGAAAGAUAUUGGACCUAAAUUAUGGAUAUGACAAUUAGAUUAAAAUUGCCAUUUCUAAAAUAACUAUUUUCAUAUACAUCAAACUUUUCAAAUAAGCCAUAUGCUAAGGAGAAAUUUAUUUCCUUUUAAGAUUUAAAGGUAUUGCUUCAAAAUUCUGAUUUUUACCCUAACUUAAUAAAUGAAUAAUAACUCUACUUUAUUUAUUUACAAUCAAUCAUGAUGUAAGUAGAUGAAAUCACCUAAAAGAGACACUUUGAAAUGCAAUUUAUUGAGUUUAUAGAAGCUUUAGCUAGAAUUGCAGAGUUCAUAUCUCCAAAUUCAAAUAAUUAUUAGAUUAAAUAGUUAAAUGCUAAAUAAAGAAGAACUUUACCAUUGUAUAUAAAGUUUGAAGGUUUAUUGUAUAUUUUGUUCUAUAGAAUUAAAAGAUUUGAUGUAGAUAUCAAUGUAAUUGAAAAAAGUGUCAUUAAGAGUCAUGAGAUAAAACGAUUAGGAAUCUUUAUUGAAGAUAAUUAUAGCAGUAGUAGCAGUGGAGAGGAAGAUAAUGAAGUCUCAAAUUUAAGAUUAUCGUUUGCAGAUCCAUAGAACAUUAUCAACAGAAUGCUUUAUGAUGAUGAAUGCAGAAUGAGCUUUAAAGACACGAUUAGUAAUUAAAGUAGUGGGAAGAAGAGAAAGAAUUCUCUAUAAAAAUAAGACUCUAUCACUUUAAAACGAAGUGUGCUUAGAAGAAAUACAUUUUAAAAUUAAUUGUAAUAGAUAAAAAUAGCUUAACUUGAAAAUGAAAUGGCUGAAUUAGCUGAAUAUGAAGAGAGUACUCCUUUAAAUAGACUAAGAAUUCAAAAUCGUAAGGUUACAAGGUCGAAAUAUGACAUUGUCCUUUGA